AUGGCGUCUCCAGUUUCGUGCGACCCACAUGAGGGACCGGCCGAGCUCCCUGGAGAUCCCUCCUCACAAGAGGAAGAUGGGGGUUGUGAUUCCGAAGAGGCCAGCGACUGGGGCUCCUGCAGCUCGGCUAGCAGCGACUUGGACUCGGCUGAUCUAGAGCCUGAAUGGCUGGACAGUGUGCAAAAAAAUGGAGAGCUGUUUUAUUUGGAAUUGAGUGAGGAUGAAGAAGAAAGCCUUUUUCCUGAGACACCGACUGUGAACCGUGUCAGGUUCAGUGAAAAUGAGAUUAUCAUUAAAGAGGACGAUUAUAAAGAAAGAAAAAAGUGUGAACCCAAACUCAAGCGGUUUACUAAAAUUUUAAAAAGUAAAAGACUUUUACCCAAGCACUACAAUAAGAAAAAUAGCAAUGAUAAUGGGCCAGUAUCCAUUCUAAAGCACCAAUCCAAUCCAAGGACAGGAGUCAUUGUCCAACAGCGGUACAAAGAAGUGAAUGUUUACGUAAACCCCAAAAAGUUAACUGUCACCAAAGCCAAGGAGCAGCUCAGACUUCUGGAAGUACUGGUUGGGAUUAUCCAUCAGACAAAGCGGAGCUGGAGAAGAACUGGAAAGCAUGGAGAUGGAGAGAGGCUCGUGGUGCAUGGCCUGUUGCCUGGAGGGUCUGCCAUGAAGAGUGGCCAGAUAUUAAUUGGUGAUGUCCUUGUUGCUGUGAAUGAUGUUGAUGUGACCUCUGAAAACAUAGAGAGAGUUCUGUCUUACAUUCCUGGACCUACCCAGGUCAAACUGACAUUUGAAAAUGUGUAUGCUGAGAAAAAGGAAACAACCCAACCAAGAAAGAAAAAGACGCAGUCAAAUGCAAAUGAUUUAGUGAAACUCGUGUGGGGAGACGAGGUUGAAGACAUCCAGCAGAGUACCAUAAACACCCCGCAUAUCAUCAUGUAUCUCACACUGCAACUUGACUCAGACUCAGACACAUCAAAGGAAGAGCAAGAAAUUCUCUAUCAUUAUCCAAUGUCUGAAGCAUCUCAGAAACUUAAAAGUGUGAGAGGAAUUUUUCUCACACUCUGUGACAUGCUGGAAAAUGUAACUGGGACACAAGUUACUAGUUCAUCCCUCCUUUUAAGUGGGAAGCAAAUUCAUGUAGCUUACUUGAAAGAAUUUGACAAGUUGUUAUUGAUUGGUCUCCCUGCUGAAGAAGUUCCUCUUCCUCAGCUAAGGAGUAUGAUACAAGAUGUUGCCCAAACCUUAAAAUUUAUGUUUGGUUCUUUAGAUGGUGCCUUUUGCCAGGUUGAGAAUGUCCCUCGUUUGGAUCACUUUUUCAGUUUAUUCUUUCAAAGAGCACUUCAGCCUACUACCCUGCAUUCUAGUGCCAGUCCCAGUGCUCAGCAGUAUGAAGCUUCCAGCACAGUGCUUUUAGACAACCUCCCUGGAGUUCGGUGGCUCACACUUCCACAGGAAAUCAAGGUGGAAUUAGACUCAAUAUUAAGUAACCUGGAGGCCGCAGAUUUCACAGAACUGUCUGAGGAUUACUAUGACAUGAGACGGCUAUAUACAAUUUUGGGAUCUUCUCUAUUUUAUAAGGGUUAUUUGAUAUGCAGUCAUUUGCCUAAAGACGAUCUUAUUGAUAUUGCUGUUUACUGUCGCCACUAUUGCCUGCUGCCUUUAGCAGCAAAACAAAGAAUUGGUCAGUUGAUAAUAUGGAGAGAAGUAUUUCCUCAGCGUCACCUCCAGCCUUCCACAGACUCAAACACUGAAGUCUUCCAGGAACCUGAAGGGAGAUAUUUUUUACUAAUAGUUGGAUUGAGACAUUAUGUGUUAUGUGUACUAUUAGAAGCUGGAGGCUGUGCAUCCAAGGCUGUUGGGAAUCCUGGCCCAGACUGUAUAUAUGUGGAUCAGGUCAAAACAACUCUUCAUCAGCUGAAAGGAGUAGAUUCCCUCAUUGAUGAACAGAUAGCAUCUUCUCCAGGACCCUGUUUGUCCUGUGCUGACUGGUUCCUUGCUGGACCACGUGAAAUAGCAGAUUUGGCCACUUCUCCUGUCCUCAGUAGGCUACAAGGUACUUCCAAAGCAGCAACCUCUCCAACAUGCAGAAGAACCCUUUUUGGUGACUAUUCCUUAAAGACACGGAAGCCGAGUCCCUCCCGAAGCAGUGGAGGAGCUGACUAUGGUUGUGAAAGUGGAGAAGGUGUUAGCCUUAAUCUGCACACUGCACUGGAUGCAGCAUGUAAGCAAAGAGAACCUCAGGGCUCCAAUGGUUCGGAAGAAAGUGGAGCCUUGGUUAAGAUCACUAAAAAGAAGUCUAAUCUUCCAAAUCUAUUUCAUCUGGGAAAUCUGAAAAAGGACCUUUCAGAAAAAGAAUUGGAAAUAUAUGACACAAUGAAAUUGACAUCUGGUCCUGAGAACACACUUUUCCACUAUGUUGCCUUAGAAACUGUGCAAGGAAUCUUCAUUACUCCUACCCAUGAAGAGGUGGCACAGCUAAGUGGCGCUGUCCACUCUCAGCUGAUAAAGAAUUUCCAUCAGUGUUGUCUUUCCAUUCGUGCAAUUUUCCAACAGACAUUGGUGGAAGAGAAAAAGAAAGCACUAGAUGGUGGAGAUCAUUCAAAUUUUACAAAUUCAGUGUCUUCACUUAGCCCUGUGAAAGAACAUGGUGUGCUGUUUGAAUGCUCACCUGAAAACUGGACAGAUCAGAAAAAAUCACCACCAGUUAUGGCUUACUGGGUUGUAGGGAGGCUGUUUCUUCAUCCCAAACCUCAAGAACUUUAUGUGUGUUUUCAUGACUCAGUCACAGAAAUUGCCAUUGAAAUGGCUUUUAAAUUGUUCUUUGGAUUAACCUUGUAGCUGUGCUUUUAUGCACAGAAACACGUGUAGAGCAUAGGAUAGUGUUAGAAUUGCUGAAAUCAAAAUAUUUUCACUGUUCAGUAAUUAAAUGUAAUGUUAAAUAUUGAGAUGAAAUGCUGUUGGGUUCAUGCAUCAAAUCUUAUGUAGUAAUAAUGAGACUUUUAAGGAGAAACUUGAUCAAAAUAUGAAGAAGGGAGUGUUAACUUAUUGCCAUUUUGGUGUACAAUGUUAAUUUAUUGGCUAAUUUGAAAUGAUGUUUUAUAUAAAAUUAGUAUAGGAAAUGUUUAUCUUG